AUGGUUGUUCCGAUUGAUGCCCCAAAUUUUGAUCUACCUAAGAUUGAACCUCCUAAUGCGUUGCUGCUUCUUUUACUUGAAGAUGCGCAUGAUUCCGGUAAUGCCAAAUCCGAGAAUCCCCCACCACCACCACCAAAACUUGAAAUUUCUUUAGGUGGUUCGAAAGCAGAGGAUGCUCCUCCUCCUCCUCCUAUUCCUCCUGUUGUACCACCUCCAGUUGUUGUUGUUUGUAUCGACCAGCGAGAACAUUUUACCACUAAACACAAGUUUGCAACACGGAAUGAUUUGUUGAAGUGGGUUGGAGAGAAAGCUAGAAAGCUUGGUUUUUCCACUGUUAUCGGUAAAUUUGUUACUUUGAUAUGUGAAAGGGGAGGUUCAUACACCGAGUAUAAGAGAAAGAGUCGGUGCGAGAUAGCUGGUUCGGUUAAAUGUGAGUGUCCGUUUCGGCUGAGAGGUUACAUGUUGACUGGUGGUGAAUGGAGCCUCAAAGUUGGUGAUGGUAAACACAACCAUGACAUGACAGAUGUGUUGAAAGGUCAUAAAAUUGUCGGUCGUCUAAACCCAAAUGAACGCGUUCACCUUGAAGAGAUGGUGGAUUCAAACGUUCCUCCGAGGCAAAUGCUUACCAACUUAAAGAAGAGGAAUUGUACCACUUCAACUACUAUCAAACACGUUUGUAAUGCUUCUUAUAGAUAUAGGCGGUCCAUUAGAGGUACGAGGAAUGACAUGCAACAUCUCUUGAAGUCUUUGGUUGAUAAUGUUUAUCAUUGUAGGAAGUAUCUUUAUUCUGAGGUUGUCAGUGAUGUUUUUUGGGCACAUCCAUAUUCUAUCAAGUUGUUUAAAACGUUCUCCACGUUGCUUGUCUUGGAUUCAACAUACAAGACAAAUAAGUGUCGUCUUCCACUGCUUGAGUUUGUUGGUAACACCUCUACCAUGAUAACAUUCUCUAUUGAUUUUGCCUAUAUGAUGUCUGAGAGGCAAGACAAUGUUUAUUGGGCGCUUCAGAGGUUUUGUGAGAUGUUGCACUCCAAAGAUCUCCAUCCCAAAGUAGUUGUCACUAACUGGGAAUAUGCUUUGAUCAAUGUUGUGGAAUAUGUUUUCCCUAAAGCUACAACUAUGUUGUGCUCAUAUCACAUCGGACAAAAUGUGAGAGCAAAGUGUAAAUUGGAUUGCAAAGUGACGGAUCUCAAAGGCAAGAAUGGACAAGCAAUUAAGCAUGCGUCGGUGGUGUAG